CGCAAGUAUUGUAGCCGUUGCUCAUCUUAUUUGCCUACCUACCUAUCAGUCAUACUACCUACCUCCCUAGAAUCCUUCUUAUCUAUCUAUCUAUCUAUCGAACUAGUUGCCCACGCACCUACCUACCGUACAGGAGACGACUCUCACAACAACACGUAGACUCACACUUCAGCGUCAGAUCAUGCCUACUAGUCGUCUCCGCCGUCGUCGUCAGAGUUCGGCAAGCCGUCCGGUCCGGGCCCUCAACGGGGGCAAAGCCGGACACGAAGCCCGGAGCACCAGCACGCCAUCCGCCGGAACGUCCAACAAGCUCCACACCUUUUGGCACCGCAUCGACGAAGUACACUUUGAGGCCCAGUCUUCCGGUGCCGACCCCGUGCACGCCCGCACUCCUGGUCGGCGCCCUACUCUGGAACGGGGUCACUCCCAGAAUAGUCCGAAUGCGGAUACCGGGAGAACCCAGAAGCGGGGUAGUCAACGCAAGGUACGGGAACGACAGUAUUCCUUCGGAAACCGACAGUUGACGGACCGGACACUCCCCAUGGAUUCUUGCUGGAUGUCCGGAGACAGUGAAGACGCAGACAGUAGUUGUGAUGAGCAGCCGUUGUCGAAAGCAGACAAUCCUAACACCUCCGAGGCAUUCCUGAAGCACAACGACGACGAUCGAGAUGAAGACGAUCAGUACUCGGAGCAGAACGUCAGCAGCAGCAGCGAAGACGAAGCCGAUGAUGAAGAUGAUCGCGUAGUGGCCUUUGUGUAUCACGAAAUGGGUCGCAACGGUCCUUGGCCGCCACGGAAGAUCUUCACUCCGGCAGUACCCCCGCCACCCGGCCGUACCUCCAAACGUAGUCCCUUGGUAGCAUUCUGGCGCAAACUGGGAUCCAACCACAAGACACCCUGAGUGAGCAAAGAGGGAGCUCCCUUUCAUUCCACACUUGUGGAUGAAAGAGGGACGCCGUGCUCGGAAUUCUAUGUCGAUCGGAACUUGUGGCUGUGGCGGACUGUGGGUACCGUGUCCGUCACGCUUUCCUUCGGGAACACAAGCGUAUCUAACGGCCUCGCACCCAUGGCACCGCGCAGGCCGAAGCACCAAUCUUCUGUUUUUACAUUGCUGUUGAUUGAAACCUUCUGAUGAGGUAGGGUAUACACAAACAAUGAGAAAUACACAAACUUACAUUACCAACGCACUACAUAGUAUCACCUUUCUGUACU